GACGGAGAUACAGCGCUGCUGAAGGCCGCUGGCUUUGGGUGCCUGGACGUCGUUCGGUAUUUGGUCGCGGUGUGCGGAGCUGAUGUGAACAUCGCUAACUACAGGGGACACACAGCGCUCAUGAGAGCUGAAACCGAACAACAUGCUGACAUUGUGCGGUACUUAGCUGGAGAAUGCAGUGGACUGACUGAUGCUAAUGCUGCGAUCAGUACGAGAACAACAGCGCUGAUGAUCGCGGCUCUGUAUGGGCAAGUUGACGUUGUGCAGUACCCAGUUACGGUGUGCAGGGCCAACGUGAACGCUGCAAACGAGGACGGAUACACCGCAAUUCGCUUCGCUGCCGAGCGCGGCCACGAAGUCAUCCAACGGUUCCUC